AUGGAGAGCAUAUCUAGUACAAUUGCCACACCACCACAUUGUACGGCAGAUUUCUGUCUGAUACCGAUAGGGACAUCGUCAGCGUCAGUAUCUCAACAAAUUGCUGAUGUCCAGCGUCUGGUUGAGAAAUCCGGGGUGAAAUAUGUCAUGCAUUCGGCGGGGACUACUCUAGAAGGAUCAUGGGACGCCGUUUUUGCCUUAAUCGGCCAGGCGCAUGCAAUGCUCCAUAAACAGGGCAUUGUGCGUAUACAGACAGAUAUUAGGGUUGGGUCCAGAACCGACAAGGUGCAAAGUAUGGAAGACAAAGUGGCUGUCGUUGAGAAGCUGCUGGGGAAGUCGUAG